CGCACUACUGCUACCGUGCUACGCCACUAGAGCGUCGAGACUCUGAAAAGUCAAACCUCGUCUACGCCCAGAGAGAAGCGAAGCGUGGACUAGUUCAUGGCCGCCGGAGCGGCCGAAGAGCCGCAGGACCGGCUGAGCGGGCUCCCCGACGACGUCCUCCACUCCAUCAUCGGCCGCGUCCCGUUCAAGCAGGCCGUCCGCACCAACGCCCUCUCCAGGAGGUGGCCACGCCUAUGGCUCCACGCGCUCGCCGCCUCCGGGGUUCUCGACUUCACCGACCGCGGCUUCGUCCGCUCCAAGUCGCGGGGGCAGAUCGUGGCCAUGGUGAACCGCUGCCUCAGGGUCCGCGGCGGCGGGGCGCCCAUCGACGUGCUCCGCGUGUCCCUGUGCCCGUUCGGUGCGUUCGAGCGCGACGUCGUCGGCUGGAUCGCGGCCGCCAUCCGGAGAGGCGCCAGGGAGGUCGAUGUGAACCUGACUCUUGAUGCCGCGUUGACCGUUGUCAACUGCCGCGCGGAUCAGCUGGAGCUUCCAGGGGACCUCUUCUAUGGCGAGAGCUCGCUGGCGCGGCUCAGCCUCGGCCGCUGCAGCCUCCGCAACGUCCCGGCCGGCGGUCCGGCGCUCGUCGGCCUGACGUCGCUCUCCCUCACCCGUGUCGACAUCACGGACGACGCUGUCCGGGACACGGUCGCCUGCUGCCGGCUGCUUGAGUUCUUGAGCCUGAGGAAUUGCCACGUGCUGAAGUUCGUGAGGAUCGCCGGCGAGAAGCUGCGUGGCCUGGAGGUCGUGGGAUGCCUGGACGUGCGCCAGCUGCAGGUGGCCGCGCCCGCGCUCGAAUCGUUCGCCUUCCACGGCGAUAUCCUCUGCUUCGGAGAAGACGACGGAUUUGAGUUCGAGCCCGUCGAGUUCAUCGGCAAAGGCAACACCAGGACGCCGUCGGAGGCCACGCCCGAGCUGCGGGACGCCUACCUGUCCCACAUUGGCUUCGGCGAAUACGACGAACUUAUUCACCAGUACGCUUACUCAACCUUGAUGCAGAUGGUCGCGCAUGCCAAGAUUUUGACAAUUUGCUCCGUGGGCUUGCUGCACAUCGAAGAAGAGCGCGGUUUCAUUGAACACAUGAUGGACCCUCCUAACCUACAACUACAAGAGCUGCAGCUGCUCAUGGACUCCAUGGGCGACGACGUUGUCACCGGCUUCUCCAGCUUCUUCCAGCUCACUGCUCCGCCACUCCUCGAGCGGCUCUUCAUCCGGUUCCCAGCCGCUUGCAACGAUACAGAGGAAUCCAGCGGCGGCAUGAUGUCCAUUGGCGAGGACGAAGACAUUGUUCUGGACUUCGAGAUCGCUCUCGACCACCUGACGUUCUUCAAGAUGGUGAACUUCCGGGGGAUGAGGCAUGAGAUGCGGCUGCUCAGGUUCGUCCUGCGGCGGGCUCCAGUCCUGGAGCAGCUAGUGCUCGUUGUCCCAAAAGAAGAGGGAAGAACGAAUCUGGGUCUGGGUCACGAUGACCAGAAGCAGCUCCUUAAGAUCGUUCAAGAGAAUGUGUCGGAGAUUGGAAAGGCCUUUCUCUGGCGGGAACCCCACGUCGUGGUGUGCCGGCCAAGAGAGGACUGCAGCCGGAGCCCUGCACACACCAAGUACUAUCACGAUGACUAGGCAAUUAGGCAUUAGUCAUUUUGAACUUGUCUUUUGAAAAGUGGUCAUAUGUUACUCAGCUAAAGUUGUUUUAAGGUUACGCAUAAUCUGGUACAUCGAUAAAAUAUGGUUGUGUGCAUAAUUUUGAUGCAGAUGACA